AGUGGGUUUGGGGAGGCUGUGGGGAGCCGCUUCCUAGUCGCACUGACACCUCCGCUUCCCUCUUAGAGCAAGCCGGGGCCCGGCGGGCCUCCGGGUCGCCAUGGAGUCCACGCUAGGGGCGGGCAUCGCCAUGGCCGAGGCGCUGCAGAACCAGCUGCCCUGGUUGGAGAACGUGUGGCUCUGGGUCACCUUUCUGGGCGAUCCCAAGAGCCUCUUUCUGUUCUACUUCCCCGCGGCCUACUAUGCCUCCCGCCGAGUGGGCAUCGCGGUGCUCUGGAUCAGCCUCAUCACCGAGUGGCUCAACCUCAUCUUCAAGUGGUUUCUGUUUGGAGACCGGCCCUUUUGGUGGAUCCACGAGUCGGGAUACUAUGGCCAGUCCCCAGUCCAGGUUCACCAGUUCCCUUCUUCUUGUGAAACUGGUCCAGGCAGCCCUUCUGGACACUGCAUGGUCACAGGAGCAGCCCUCUGGCCCAUAAUGACGACUCUCUCUUCCCAGGUGGCCAUCCGGGCCCACAGGCAAUGGGUGAAGGUGAUACCUAGCAUGGCUUACUGCACCUUCCUACUGGCGGUUGGCCUGUCCAGGAUCUUCCUCUUAGCACACUUCCCUCACCAGGUUUUGGGUGGCCUCAUAACUGGUGCUGUUCUGGGCUGGCUGAUGUCCCCCCGGGUUCCUAUGGAGCGGGAGCUAAGCUUCUACGGGUUGACCUCACUGGCUCUUUUGCUGGGUGCCAGCCUCAUCUAUUGGACCCUCUUCACACUGGGCCUCGAUCUUUCUUGGUCCAUCAACCUAGCCUCCAAGUGGUGUGAGCGGCCUGAGUGGGUGCAUGUGGACAGCAGACCCUUUGCCUCCCUGAGCCGUGAUUCAGGGGCUGCCCUGGGUUUGGGCAUCGCCCUGCACUCGCCCUGCUAUGCCCAGAUACGGCGGGCAUACCUGGGAAAUGGCCAAAAGAUAACCUGCUUUGUGCUGGCUAUGGGGCUGCUGGGCCCCCUGGACUGGCUGGGCCACCCCCCUCAGAUCAGCCUUUUCUAUAUCUUCAAUUUCCUCAAGUAUACCCUCUGGCCAUGCCUGGUCCUGGCCCUGGUGCCCUGGGUGGUACACACAUUCAGUGCCCAAGAAGCACCCCCCAUUCGCUCUUCCUAACUUCAGAUGCCACUUUUCCUUCCCAAAAGCCAAGUCCGCAAUUGCCACACUCCAGGAGGCAGACCCACCCCUCCAGCUCCCAACAGACCCAGUUCAUUUGAAGUCCCCUCUUCUCCCACCACCUGAUUUUAGCCCCAGCAAUGCUGGUCCUCCUGCCUUCCCUCCCAAGUCCCCAAGGAACAAAAGCAAAACCAGUGGGUUCCUGCAGUACCGAGUGGCCCAAUAAAGCCCUUGAACACUUGUGGGUUUCUUUCAUGC